CACUCCCUUCGCAUUAUGGAAGCGACAGAACCUAUCAUGGCCCGGCCGAUGUGGCUGUGGCACUUGCGGAAGGGAGCUCUUGAAGCUUCCAAUGUCGCGCGUACACGCAGUUUACUUAGCAUCUGACGGUAUCUCCGCUAACGUCCCAUCUACUCGCCAUCUAAGAUGAAGGCAGCACAGUGGGACCCGGCCCAGCAGAAGGUCGUCGUGAACGAAGUCCCCAAACCGUCCCCCGGCGCCGGCCAAUUCCUCGUCAAGCUCGCCUCCGCCUCGCUCUGCCACUCCGACCUCAUGUCCAUGGCCCUUCCGCACGAACAGCCCGUCACAAUCGGCCACGAGGGCGCCGGAUACAUCGCUGAAAUCCAUCCCUCCGCCGAGAACCGCGGCUUCAAGGUCGGCGACGCCAUCGGCUUCACAUACAUUGUCAACUACUGCAACGAGUGUGAGGGCUGCGCCGUGCACAAUAAUCAUUGCUUGACGAGGGAGAGCCGCGUGCAGGGCUUCAAUGAGCCGGGCCUGUUUGCUGAGUAUGCGACGGUGGAUGCGAAUAGCUGUAUCAUUCUGCCGGAGAAUCUGCCGCCGGACACGUCGGCGCCAAUGUUCUGUGGGGGUAUAACAGCCUUCCACUGCGUCGAUUCGUGCGAAUUGACGCCCGGACAAUGGCUCGUGAUCAUCGGAUGCGGCGGCCUCGGGCAGCUCGCAUGUCAGUAUGCGAAGGCGAUGGGCUUCAAAGUGAUCGGUGUGGAUAUCAACGACGAGAUUCUCUCCAUGGCGAAGGCACAAGGCGCAGACGCGGUGUUCAACUCGAGAACGAACAAGAACUACGCUGAAGACGCGAAGGCGUUCAUGGACCGCGGGCCGAAUAAAGGCGCAGACGCGGUGGCCGUGUUCAGCGCAGCGGACGCAGCUUACCAGAGCGCGCCGAAGCUGGUCAAGCUGGGUGGCAUCAUCAUGGUCGUCGGGCUGCCGAAGAAUGGAGUCACGUUCGAGGCGCUGGACAUCGCGAGAGGGACGUACCGGAUCAAGGGUGAUAGUACGGGCAUCCCUUCGAGGAUGAAGAAAGCUAUCGAUUUCACGGCUAAGCACAACAUCAAGCCUGAAGUAGAGAUAUAUAAGAGCUUGGACGAUGUGAAUGGGAUGGUGGAAAGGAUGAAGAGAGGGGAGUUGACUAAGCGCCAGCUCGUGCAGUUCGCGUAGGUUAUGAAUAUCCAUUAUCAGUCAGAUCUCCG